UACCUGUCUCGUGUACCUUUCACAGCUGGACUACACUUACCAGAAUGCAUUGGGAUGCGAGUCGAAAACCCUGAACUGUCCAAGCAAGGGGUCAUACGUAUUGUGUUGUGAAUUAAACAGAUAAGUAAUGAACGCAUUGAUGAAAAGCACUAAACUCUCAAACUAGUUUACAUGUACUACUAGAUUCAUUGUUAAACGUGACUCAGUUUUAAUAAAUUACUUUUUGGAGCUCUUCUCCAGUUUUAGUUGAGUUAACGCUGGGGGCUUUAUGAAAUUGGACACUCAACCCAAGAUUAAAACAAAUCGAGUACAUCGUCCAAGGAGCUGGAACAUACCGUACAGACAGUACCAUAGUUUACCUAAGAAGAAUCAUGAAAGCCGUGUCUUAUUAGACACCCCGUUUCACCUGGGCUCACAAACAACAAGGUUGAAAAUGCCCAGCCUCCCAUUAUCUUCCAGCAGUGGCUAUAUGGAGGAAUGCUGGGAGUGGGAUAUCAAUGCGAAGUCUCCAGCAGCCGUGCUGUCGCCAUGCCGACAAGCUGUGUACUUCCACAUCGACCCAGUCCGGGAGAGCGAGGGGACAGCUGGGGUCAGGGGAACUAAAGGAUUCACCCAUGGAGAGCACUACUGGGAGGUGGAGUUUCUGGAGCCCCCAUACGGGACGUCAGUGAUGGUGGGGUUGGGAACAAAGAGAGCACAGCUGCACGUGGGGGACUACCAGUUUAUCAACCUGCUGGGCGUGGACGAUGAGAGCUGGGGGUUGUCUUAUAGAGGUUUGGUUUGGCAUAAUGGAAGAAGCAGGAAGUACACUGAGCCUUUCUAUGAGAAGAGGACUGUCAUCGGUGUUCGUUUGGACCUGCACGCCGGGACCCUGAGCUUUUACAGAAACAGGAUCAACCUUGGAGUGGCCUUCACGGGACUGGAUAAGGUGGGAGUCCCGCUGUACCCUCUAGUCAGCUCCACUGCAGCGGAGACAGAGCUGCUCUUGGGUAUGCGGAGCUGGGGCUUCACCUCCCUGCAGGAGCGCUGUCUCUGCACUGUGCUGCAGCACCUGGAGGAGGGGGCUCCCGUCGACACUCUACCGCUGCCCCAGGCCAUCCGAGGCCAGCUCCAGGCAUAUAAAACCGUGUUUCAAAUGCACAGAGAAAAGAAAUGUAGGUGACACCCGCCAGGACAUAAGGUUAACAUAUGACUCAGUGUACACGAGGACAGAUUAGGACAGUUCAGGCUUUUCAACUCACUUCGCAGUGCAUUCUGGUAAGUGUAGUCCUGCUGUCAAAGGUACCAGAGACAGGUAAAACAUGGCAGAAUGCAUUGCAAUUUGAAUUGAAAAUCCUGAACUGUCCUCGUGUACAUGGAGUCAUAUGGUAACCCUACCUGGACUUCACUUCGAUUUACUAGCUAAAUAGGGUGUCUCAUAUCUAGGUGGUGGUUGUGUUUUGAGAUGUUAUUUUAUAUAUAAUGUGGAUUAUUGUGGUUAACUUUACCAUCCAGAGGAACACUCAUUGGAGCAACUUACCAUAAGAAUCUCACUUUAGCUGUUUCAUGUCAUUUAGAUUACAAAUUUAACAGAAGCUCUAUGCAAGUGGACGGUCACUUCCUUUUUAUUAUUUCAUCAGUUUUCUCUAGUAUAUAUCAGACUUUAUUUAACUUAUCUAUGAACUAUUAACAAAACUAAUAACAUUAAAGAACAGACAUAUUUUAUGAUUCAACACAUUACUUGAGCAAGUCUUUAAGGUAACCGUUCAUUCACUAUAAUCAGAUUUGCUAACUGAAACUUGUCGUCAGCACUCCAGAUAAGGUUUUGGGUCUUGGAGUAACUUAUUCUCUUAAUUUUAACACAGAGAGUAUGAAUACUGUACAAAACAUUUAAUGGUAAUGGGGUAGCAUUACAAAAGAGCUUUCCAUUUUAACUGCAAUGUUACUUUGAACUCUGUACAACCACGCGUGUGUUCUACAAGGUUCUUUAUUGGCUCAGCGCAUCUUUUUCAAGGUACCACACUGACUCUGCAAAUUAAUUACGUUACUUAUAUUUGAACAUUACAUUCUUAAUCUCAGUGCAAAGACAACAGGGCUAGCCAGAGAUUGGAAAAUGUUUGUUAUGUUGUUUUUUCUUGUGUAGUUUCCUAUUAACUAGACAUUGUAUUCUGGGAGAUGUAGUUGUUAGUGGAAGUUUUAGGGGAGGCGGGAGGGGAGGCACACAAGCUGUGCAGCAAAAUUGCUAACUGUAUUUUUACGCAUGACAUUUUAAAUUUAGUGAGUAUUUUGGAUUUUUUAAUGCGUAAAAAUGGCAGGUAUACAGCUUAUCUGGACCGGUGCUUGUAGGGUUUAAUUAUUUAUAAAGUAUUGUUACAAUGAAUCUACCUCUUGUUGCUGGAAUUUUAUUUUAUUUUUUUCUUAAACAUAUAAAAAAUAACCAAAGCAUUAAAAAGAAUGCUAUUAGUAUGACACAAGGCAUAUGCAUGAAAAUAUUGUCUAUCGUUGCUAAAUACAUGCAAAGGAAAAUGUAUAGUUUUAUGUAUCUUAGUAUACCUUUACUUAUGUUUACCCAUGUUAUUAUUUGUUUAUUUAGCAGACGCCUUUAUCCAAGGCAACUUACAGAGACUAGGUGUGUGAACUAUGCAUCAGCUGCUGAGUCACUUACAAUUACGUCUCACCCGAAAGACGGAGGUUAAGUGACUUGCUCAGGGUCACACAGUGAUUGAGUGGCUGAGGUGGGAUUUGAACCAGGGACCUCCUGGUUACAAGCCCUUUUCUUUAACCACACAUUUAUUAUAAUAAAUACAAUGAUUUAGCUAUAAAAGGGUAUAUGGUUUGUAUGAAAUCAAUUUUAAAACAUCAAAAGGUAGGAACCGGAGAUGAAUGUUAUUUUAUGUACUGGUCGCUGGUGAAUAUAUAACAAUCAUGCAAUAAUUAAUGAAUUAAAAACAAAUCACAACCACUGUUUGUAUUUGUUUGUAUUUUUAAUACAAUAGAUUUAUAAUUCACAAUAGAUAAUUCAUAAAAAGGUCAGUUUUGAAAAUGACAAAUCGGGAAUAAAACAGCCAGUACAGAACUGAUUUUGGCUUCUUAAGUAGAUCUGAAGAACAGAACAACCAUAAGUAAAAAAAAGUACAAUCUAUAUUUCUUUAUAAAGUUCACAUUACAAUGCAAAAUAAUAGUUUGAGAUAUAUAUAUAAUAUCCACUUGGCAACAAAAUGCUAUUAGAGUUUGGUGUUGUAAUCACUGAAAUAAGGCACACAGCCAUUGUUUACAACAUGUUCACACCCCCACCCACUUAAAACGUUUUACACUUUGCCAUGUACUGUACUGUCAAAAUUUAAACGCUUUUUUUUUUUUUUUUU